AUGAGAUAAUUAAGAAUAGAGUCAACAGAUAAAUUAAACAAGUUCAUAUUGUCAAAGUCCAAUUUUCAUUAGAAAUCAAUUAGUAUGGAUAAGCAGGCCCAAGAACGCUUAAGUUUGGAUAUAAUUUCUCUGAAUUCUUAAUUAUAAAUUGAAAUGCCAUCUCAUUAUAAAGAAUAAUUUAAAUAAGUUGCAUCAACUACUUUAAGCGCACUCAAAUAAAUGGAAGCUGCUCCAUUAUUAGUUUAAGUAUGAUAAAAUAAUUAUAUAUUAAUAAAGAGCUAUUAAGCUUUUUAACGAUUGAUGUUACAACUACUAAAGAAUGAUUACCGAGACGAUAAUAGAGAGUCUAAGACGUUGAGAGAAGUCAAAGAGUUAGAUAAAUUGAGAGUAAAUGCAUUACUUGUCCAAAAUAAUAAAUUAGCAAUUGAAAUAAAAUAAUUGUCAAAUAAGUAUACUUACCAAUUUAUAUUAUUAGAUUAAAAGAACUGGAGGAAAGUCAAGAUGUUGUAAAAUUAAGAGAAGAAAUAUAAAGAAUUACUUAAAUAAAGGAUGAAUAAAUAAAUCGAUUAAUAAUAAUGAAUGAUACCAAAGAAAAGUAAGUUUCCAAGAACAGUCAACUUAUCAUUUAAUUGAAAUCAGUAAUCUAGAAGUAGGAUAGUUAAAUUCAAAUUCUCGAGAACUAUUUAGAAAGUGACAAAAAGAAAUACAGCCAUAUUGAAAAUACAUAUGACAAAAUGGUUAGUGAAAAUAGACACCUGAAUGAGUUGUGCAAAAUGCAAGAGGAAGAUCUCACAGCUCACUAUUUUAGAUAUCGACAUUACUUAAGAGAGGAAGCAAAAUCUAGAAAGAAAUUGCUUAUGCUUUAGGAUGAAAUAGACAAGAUGAAAAUAGAAAAGAGUAAGAGACCUGAAGUUCCAAAAGUAGAUCCUGAGUAGGAAUAGAAGCUAUUAAAACUUGCUUACAAUUUUUCUCAAGAUAAGCAAUACUUUAAAAUCAUGAAAGAACUCACUCAACUCAAUAUCACUAAAUUAAGCGAUCAAGAAUAAACAACCAUCAUGUUCCUGAAAAAUGUUCGUUAUGAUUAUAUUUACAAUGAUUCUCUGACUAAGUUCUAAUAUCCUCGUCCUAGUUUUCUAUUGUUUUAUGAAUCAAAUAUGAAGAAUUUAGAAUCAGAUUACAGGAACAUCGAAUUUCAUUAAAUAAGCAUUCUAUUUUUUGCUACUAUCAGAGCUAUUUUAGAUUCAUAAUAUAAUGAGUUUCUGUAUCGGGAUAAUUAAUAUACGCUUGUUAAGUUUGCAGAUUUUGUUUAUGGAUGGAUAAGCACUUUUAUCAUCAAUCCCAAGACGCGAUAAAUAGAAAUCAUUAAAGAUAGAAGCUUUGAGCAUCUCGAACCAAUAAGAACUGAUUUUAUCUUGGAUUGCUUGAGUCCUAAAUUGUCGAAAUUACAUGAAGUAAUUAUUUUUAAGUAACCUAUAUUAUUUAUAAUAGUGAGUUACUCUUUGAACUGAGUUCUCCAGAUGAACUUUACUAUUAUUUAUAUUCCCGAUUCUUGAUUUUUAAAGGAAGCUUAUCUCAUUAAUAGAGAUAUAGUUUUGAAGCUGUCCUUUUUGUUUAAUUAAGUUGGGUUCAAUACAUUUUAGAAUUGCUGUUAUGGAAAUACGAUUAAUCUAUGUACAAUUAGAUCAAUUAAAUAAUCAUUGAGAGCAGUGUUACAAAAGCAAAAGGGACAAUUGUGGAUGGUCAUUACGUUUUGAGAAUUCUGCUUGAGUUAUUUAGGACAGAGAGGAAGAAUCGACUAGCUAUGCUUAAAGAAGUAUUUAGUGCUUGUGUAUCAGUAUAAAGUUCAGGUAAGAGUGGAGUUACUUUUAAGAAUUUCAAGAAAAUAUUCUAAAGUAAUUUUCCUGAGGUUUCAGAUUCAGAAAUUUGUUCGCUCUUUAGAGAAUCAUAUAUGUGUGGAGAUGGAGUUGUGACAGCUGAAUCAUUUUUCACGGCUGCAUCAGAAUCCUGCUUUUUUGUAAAAUAAAUGUUACUCAAAACUUUAAUUAAGACUCCUGUGGUUGAGUUAAAUGAAAUCUCAUACAAAGAAAGCAAUUUACCCUUUCUGGAUUUCUAUUAACAUUAUAAGCAAUUACCCCAUCAUCUAGUCUAAAAAUGCUGUCUAUAAUUUGGACUACAUUCUGUUAUUCUUGAACUAGAAGUGUUGCAUAAACUCAUCAAAAACUACUUUUAAGAUUAAUACAAUCAAUAUUCUCUCUUCUCUACAGUAACUAAGCUAAUUCAUAUAUAUAAUACUGUCAUUGAUUUGCAUAUGAGAUAGUAAAAUACAUUCUGUAAGGAUUGGGAUUAAAGUGAGAUUGAGUCACUAAAAUCUCUGAAUAAUUAAUUAUCUUAAUUGUUCUCACCAUUAAUAGAUUAUGAUUAGUAGAAGAAGCUGUAAAAUAUUGCCAAAUAGAGGAAAUUAAGGCCUUUGCAAAUAUUUGUAAAGAACAGAGUUUAAAGAUUUUAUUAAAUGAUAGCCAGUAUCAUAAACAAUAAUAACAUUAAUGUAGCUGAUCCAUAAAUGGCAAAGAGAAGAUUUACGAAAUAGUCCUCAAUUAAAAUGUUAUGA